CAAUAGAUUUUGAUUUUAUCUUUGUUCCGCCGAAUUUUUGGAAACUCUUCUUCGCGUUUCAGGAGCAAAUAACGCAGUCGACUCUCACGACCAAUUUCUGAUUAAUUUCAUUCUCUCUGGUCUGGCCAUGUAGCAUUUUUCUUUGGUUCACUGUUUUUAUGAUUUACCAGCCAUUCCAUGUUAUGCUCCUUGUAGUUAGAAAAUUUCUGCUUUCACCCACUGCGGUUCCAUUCGGAGAAAUUCCUGCUGUAAGAGAUUUUCUUGGCAUCCGCGGACCUGUGCAGCAACCAAGAAGGUCGCACCCGAAGCUCCCGGUUACUGGACUCAACUGCUCCAGAAGCGAACCAAGCGGAAAGCGAUUUUGGGGUCUAGCCAAGGAGUUAAGUGGCGGGGAUCCAGAUGUAUUCUUCAAAAAUGCCAUCGUUUACAACUACUUUCCAUUGAGUUUCAUCACAUCUGCAGGCAGAAAUAUUACACCAGUUGAAUUGAAUAAAGGGGCACAGGCACUGAUUGAUAAAGUAGGAGAUGAAAUUUUAUCAAAAGUUCUAAAGUUGUUUGAAGUGGAUACUAUCGUUGCCAUCGGUGCCUUUGCUAAGAAAAGGUCAGACGCUGCCAUCAAGCAAUUCAAGGUUCCCAACGUCAAGAAUGUCUAUGAAAUCCUUUUCUACCAUGGACAAUGAAUUCGAUGAUGAAGUCGAAGAGGAUUUGUUGGAGCCAAAAUAUGGAGAUUUCGAGGAGAGUGAUGAAGCAACAGAGGAUGCCUCAGAAACGGAUUUUGGCCAAAGCUCAGAGUACAAAGAGAUUAAGGAAGAAGUCUAUAAAGAACAGUUUCAAAACUUGAAAAACCAAUUGGAGCUCCUAAAAGAAGGAGCCCACCCCAAGUAUAAUGAAGAAUUAAAAAUUCUCGAGAAAGACUAUGAUGAAAGGCUAAGGCUCAAUCAAAUCUGGAAGGAGUAUCUUCUAGAAUGCGUAGAACGAGAUUAUAUCAAAGAGAAAAAACUUGUAGCCAAAGAACUAAAAGACAAGAAAAUUGAAUUGAAAGAGUCGCUCAUCUCUGAGCUCGAGGAGAAACGCAAAGUCAUUGAAGCCGAACGCUAUUCGUUAGAGUUGACAGUAGACCCAACAGAAACCAAGCCAACAAUGACACGCAAAUUGCGCAGGCGCCCUCACGAUCCAAUCCCUGUGCUGGACAAACGCUCAAAAAUUCCACAAGUUCAGAUCAACUAUAGUUUGGCGGAGAAAGAAGUGGAGUCAGACCUGAAAACCAUCUUGAGUGGAAUGAACCCUGAGGCAAGUGAGGGUCACCAGUUAACACCACGGGUAGAAGAUGGGAAACUAAUGUUUGAACGAAAGUGGUUUCACCGAGGUCAACCCGUCUUUGUCGAGGGCAGGAACAUGGUCAAAUUUUCAGCGGUCAUCACUGCAAUCGGGCCUGAUUACGUUUGGGUCAAGAAAGUCUCUGACAGUACAAAAGUACGAAUCAGCUUGUCUCAGCUUAUUCGAGGGAAGGCAUCCAUCAAGCGUAGAGCAGCCUAAUCAUUUUGUUUUUAAUCUGAAGGUAGUCCAGAUCUUGCAUCCCAGCCCACGAAGCCCAGCUGCCAAUAAGGACUGGAACGGGGCUGUGCGCAAGGUACUUCAACAACACGAUCUUCUCAAGUACUUAGAGUGCUAGAAUCCUCACAUGUCAUCCCGCCGACUAUUCUACGUGUUUUCAAACUCUCUUUUCUAUUUUCUAUCUGACGUUCAUGAUCUGUGUACCCAAUCUGUAAUGAAGAAUUUCAACACUCUCUAUUAAUAAAGACAGUCUCAGUCUCCGUUAGUCUUAGACAUUCCCAUUUUAACUAAUUUUGUACUUACAUAGUCCGUUGAAU